AGAAGAGCGUGUUUCAGCGAAGAAACGCACAGUUUGCAGGAGGAGAGCGGAGAGGCUGCACGCUCAUUUUCUCCCGAUCAGUUUUACGCACGCACGCCGGAGCUGCCUCCUCUCAGAGAUCUCGUGUUAUCUUUUGCGCUAUCGAUACUGUUUAUUAGGAGGAUAAUCUAUGGGGAAAUAUUUUUUUACUUUCCCAAUCACAUGUGCUUUUACCAAGUAAACGCUCAAUCGGGAGAGAGAACCCGAGCAAGAGAUUUUCGGAUAUUUUAUCGAGACGAAGAGGAAACACUUUUUCUGUUUUUGUUUUGGUCAAAACCUGAAAGUCUUCGGCAAAUGUUUAUGUUGGUUUCUGGUGGUUUCAACCAGUGAUUUCUACUUUGUUUGAAAUUCAUGAUCGUGUCUGUCAGCGAGGUUUUUAUUCCCACGCGCGCUGUGACUGACAGGGGACACGGUGCGCACGGCGAUGGAUUUUGAGGCUUUGAAGAUGUGUUUUGAGUAAAGAUUCUGCUGGUAUCAGCUCAAUUCGCGCAAAUAAGUUUUUUUUUUAGAAGAAGAAGAAGAACAAGAAGCACACGUUGACAAUUGUCGUACAAAAAAGUAGUGUUCAAUCAGGGCGAUAUUCUUGGAGAGCCCGGUGGACUCAAUCUGGCAUUUGUGGAGGAUUUUGUCCACUACCGCUGUUGCGCUUCAAAUAAAUAAAACACUGUGGAAAGGAAGAGGAACAGAGGACUCUGGACUGCAACGUUGACUCCGAUAUACAGACUAAAACCACAGAUUAAGAGAAGAGGUGUUUUUUCUCCAGAUCCGAGGGGAAAGAUGGAUUUAUUCAUAUGGCUUUGUGGAUGUUUACUGGCUGUUCUCUUGCCUUCAGCAGUCAGAGCCGAUGAAGGAGUGCCUGAGCCAUGCGGUGGCUAUUUAGAUGCCAGCGAUGCCGGCUACAUCACCACCCCCGGCUACCCGCUGGAGUACCCACCUCACCAGAACUGUCGCUGGGUCAUCACAGCACCUGAGUCCUCCCAACGCAUCGUCCUCAACUUCAACCCACACUUUGAGAUCGAGAAACUGGACUGCAGGUACGACUAUGUAGAGAUCCAUGAUGGGAACUCGGAGACCGCCGACCUACUGGGGAAGCACUGCAGCAACAUCGCCCCUGCACCAAUCAUAUCGUCCGGGCCCUCACUCCACAUCAAGUUUGUCUCGGACUACGCCCACCAGGGGGCGGGCUUUUCACUGCGCUAUGAAAUCUUCAAAACCGGCUCAGACUGUUCCCGUAACUUCACCAGCCCCACGGGUCUCAUCGAGUCCCCGGGCUUCCCCGACAAAUACCCCCACAACCUGGAGUGCUCCUUCAUCAUCAUCGUCCCCUCCAGCAUGGACGUGACCCUCACCUUCCUCACCUUUGACCUGGAGAACGACCCCUUGCCAGGCGGAGAGGGGGACUGCAAGUACGACUGGCUGGAAGUGUGGGACGGGCUCCCGGGAGUGGGCCCUCUGAUUGGUCGAUACUGCGGCACCAGGGUGCCCCCUGUGAUCCAAUCAUCUACUGGGAUUCUCUCUCUGUCCUUCCACACGGACAUGGCUGUGGCUAAAGAUGGCUUCUCAGCUCGAUACAACAUGACGCACAAGGAAGUCAGCGAGACUUUUCACUGUAGUAAUGCUUUCGGGAUGGAGUCGGGAAAGAUCACGGAUGACCAGAUCACAGCCUCGUCAAGUUUCUACGAUGAACACUGGUUGCCACGGCAGGCCCGCCUCAAUUACCAUGACAACGGAUGGACGCCCAAUGAAGACAGCAACAGGGAGUACAUACAGGUGGACCUCCAUACUUUAAAAGUCCUUACAGGCAUCGCCACCCAAGGCGCCAUUUCAAAGGAAACUCAAAAGGCUUACCAUGUGACCACCUUCAAGCUGGAGGUCAGCACCAACGGAGAGGACUGGAUGGUUUACAGACAUGGCAAAAACCAUAAGGUUUUCCAUGCCAACGUUGACGCCAUGGAGGUGGUUCUCAAUCGGAUCCCACAGCCCGUCUUGGCCCGCUUUGUAAGAAUCCGCCCUCAGAUGUGGAAGAACGGCAUCUCUCUGCGGUUUGAGCUGUACGGCUGUCAGAUUACCGAUGCACCCUGCUCAGAGCUGCAAGGCAUGCUGUCUGGGCUGCUACCAGAUUCCCAGAUCUCUGCAUCGUCCAUGAGAGACAUCCAUGGCUCCAUGGGGGCGGCUCGGCUGGUGGCCAGCCGGUCAGGCUGGUUUCCCAACCCCACACAACCCAUAGCUGGGGAAGAAUGGCUGCAGAGCGACCUCGGCGUGCCCAAGACGGUGCGGGGCAUCAUUACCCAGGGGGCAAGAGGGCUGGAGGGCAGCACCAGCGCUGAGAGCAAAGCGUUUGUCAGGAAGUACAAACUGGCGCACAGCUUGACCGGCAAAGACUGGACUUACAUCACUGACAGCAAGACAGGGUUUGCUAAGGUUUUCGAAGGGAACGGCAACUACGAUACUCCUGAGGUGCGGAGGUUCGAUGAGAUCGUGACCCAGUACAUCAGAGUCUUUCCGGAGAGGUGGUCCCCCGCCGGCAUCGGCAUGAGGAUGGAGGUCCUCGGCUGCGACCUGCCUGAAAUCACCACUGUACCUGACACUGUGACCCCCACCCUGCCUAGAGUGGACCAGACCACUGCUGCAAUGAGACCCGCCACCACCCCGUCCCUGUCGGCCGUCUGUGACUUUGAGCAGAGCUUGUGCGGCUGGUCGGCGGACCCCCAGUCAGGUGUGAGCUGGUCUCUGCACACGGCCAGCAGCAGUUCAACGGGAUACGGCUCUCAUGGGACGAGGCAGGACCUGGCGCUGGGAUCAGACAAUUUCUCAGGGAACUACCUCCACCUGGAUGCGGGCGCCCACACCCAGCGCAAGCGAGCCCGGCUGCUGAGCCCUGAGGUGGUGCCGGAGCGGGGCCCGCUCUGCCUCCUCUUCUACUACCAGCUCCAGGGAGAGGCCCAGGGCAGCCUGAGGGUCCUGCUGAGGGACAACGACCAGGAGGAGACGCUGCUGUGGGCUCUGAAGGGAGACCAGGGCUCUCACUGGAGGGAGGGCCGCACCAUCCUGCCCCAGAGCCCCAAGGAGUAUCAGGUGGCCUUCGAGGGCUUUUUUGAUCAUCCGACCCGAGGCCACAUCAGAAUAGAUAACAUCCACAUGAGCAACAGCAUCGAGCUGGAGCAGUGUACACAGCCUUUUCAAGCCUUAACUCCUGGCAUAACCAGGGGUGCCAUGUCUGGGAUGGAGCCCACAGUAGACACAGUGGCGGUGCAGCCUGUUCCUGCCUACUGGUACUAUGUGUUGGCGGGAGGUGCUGCCCUCUUGCUGCUGGUCACUGUAACCGUGGUGGUGACACUGUGCUGCCAUCGGUACCACUGGGCGCCCAACAAGACCAGCGCUAGUCAUCAUCAUUCAGUGGCGUACCACAACAGCCAGCAUCCGAAUCAGCCAAGUCACCAAAACUGCUACCAGAACCAAAACCUCAGCUAUAAUCUGAUCCAGAGCCCGAACCAAAGCCACCUGUACCCAGGUACUGGGCCGAAUGUUGACCCCAUGCUCACCAUCAGACUGGAGAAGGACGACAGCUAUGAUUCCCGGUGUUGAAAACAGCUGGACUUGUGAAUGAUAUCAUUUUAUUAGAAUGCUUUGUCCAAUUGAAGCGCUUAAAGGGUGUCAAAAGUCCCUGAAAUACGUGAUCAACAGCAUGAUGAGAAUCUACAUAGAAGAGACACUGCCACUCCUGUUGCUGAUGACUGAUCUAUAAAGUGAUCAGCAUGCACCUUUGCUCAACUUCCUUGCGGGCUGCCUCUGGCAGACUGUACUUGUGAAAACGUUACCAUCGCUGGGGAGAGAAGAUGAAAAACCUUUAAUUGCCAAUUCUGAUGGCUGAUGAGGGCCUGAUAACAACAUUAGAUUGCCACUUUUUUGAUGUACUUAGCAGCCUAAUGGCUUCUGCAGCUGCACCCCAACUUGGGAGCCUGGACAUGAAGACUGCCUCACGUACUGUGGACAUAGCAUAUGUACACGCAGUGCACAUGUCAUUGUUGAAACAGCGUGUUUUCUUCUUCUACACAUGUCAGAGCAGGACACGUCUGUCUGCCGCGCUCCGAACUGCAGCAGCGUGGACACUGCCGGCCUCCGAAUACUCUGUCCGACAGAGAGGGGAUUUACACACAGGUACAGGGAGAUAGAGGUCGCAAUGUGUGCUGCAUAAAGAAAGAAGUCUAUUUCUCUGGGUCUGAAUGAAGCUGCUAUUUAUUUGUCCGCUAGCCUUUGAGAGUGACGGAGACAGAUUAAGAACAGAGGCGGAAGAGGUACGGGGAGAAUUAGUGCUGCCUAUCCAGCCGUGACCGAUAGACGGCUGCACAUCGACUGUGGGUGGCUCCUUUGGUCUGUAAAACGGGGAAUCUGUGUUGUGCUGUUCUCUGUCUGGUUUACACAAGGGGGGGGGGGGGAGGGGGCAUAGGAUGAGACGGCUUACAUCGCAUCCUGCAAACCUAGAAACAAACACUGGCUCAAAAGUCUCAUACACAUAUGCACGGACACUUCAAAACUCUUCAGCUGCUUUUCAGAGUGCAUUCUUCAUCACAUCCUGAUAUGCCUUUCUCAAAAUGUGCUUUAAAAUUCUGUACCUCUUCGCCUCCACAACGAGGUGGCGCCUCAGUGUCACGUCGGAGUAUGAAUGGACUCUAUACAGUUUUGCCUUGAUAUUAUAAAUAGUCCAAUGCCUGUCUGUUAAUGUUCAAAUGAAACGGCGUUGUUUGUAUGUGCCGCACACAGACGGGAUGAAUGAAACAAAUCAAAGAUCAUGUGUUGAGUCUCUGAAGAUGCAUUGUGUUGUUCUUCUUUAAUUUCAUGUCUGUGCAAGUUCAAGUCUUUUUGUGUUUCAUCCCAUGACAAAAUCAACAAUUUGUGAAAAAUCUGAAUGUUUUGCAUAUUAUCCUGGUGACCUGACAAUGUGGUCCACUCGGCUGCUCACUUUGGCCUCUAUUCAACAGGUGAGACCAAAUGAGUGCAGUAAGAAAGAGUUUCUUAUUUUCUUAUGAAGGCUUUUAGAAAACCCACUGAUCUGGGAUCACUGGUCAUUUAUUUCUAUCACUUAAUUUCCUAUGAAAUGUCGAAUAGGACUGAUUCCGGUACAGCACUACCGUCACACCCCUCACACAUAUUUCUUGAUCUCACCUUACUUGUGUUUUCGGCACAGAUGAGUUUACGACGCGAUUACGAUGUUUUGCGAUGUUGGGAGUAACAUCAGCACUUUUCUGUUUCUUGAUGAUGAUUUAUUGAAGUAUUUGAUGAUUUGUGAUAAUUUCUUACAUCUACUGUGAAUCUUAGUAGAAACAAUACGUUGAGUAAUGUACUGGUUGUGAAUUAAAUAGAACUUCUUUCUUUGCAAUCACAUGUUACAGGAUGCCUUCAUGUGCUUCAGAUGUAUAAUGGGUAUACAAUGUUUAUUUUUUCCACCUGCUGACUUUUGUUUUAAAGCAACAGUUGUAUUGAUUGGUUCACUGAGAUGAUCUUAACAGCUUUACUUAGGUUGAAGCCAUAUUGCAAUAGAAAAUGUGUGUCCCUCAUUUAAAGUGUCCGGCUUCAAGCUUAAAUCUCACACGGGCUCAAAAUGGAAGCAAAUCAAUAUGUUGCAUGAAAAUUAUUCAGAUACUGCUUUUUUAAAACAUAUUUAAUUUGCCUGGUUUUAGUUUGAAAAGCUUCUAGUCUGAUCCAGGCCUGUAAAACUGCCUCCACCGCUCACCAUCUUACGUUGUGCGCUACCCCCUGCACCAUUUUGUUCAUGCUCAAAUCCCCCAGACUUGUUGUUAUCAAAACCCUGCUUGUUCCUAUUCUUCUCCUUCCCUUCAUUGAAAAUCCUUCCAGAAAAAAAAAACACAGGAGAGAAAAUGAGAGGCAGAAAAGGAGGAGAGCAAAAUCUCUCAGAGGAGCAGGGCCCAUUAAGCGAACCCCCUUUUCCCUCCAAAGAAUGCGCCUAGAGAUGGAGGAAGAUGAAAGAAGUAGAAAAAGAAAAACCUGCAAACUAUACUUUCUAAAGAUAGAUUUUCUUUUUGCUCCGAGAGAAAGGCUGACGGGGAGGCAGUUUGGAUUGAAGGAGGGAAAGACUUGAAGGAGGAGGGCAGGUUGUUUCAAACACAAAAGAGGAUGAAAGAAGUAUUUUGGCAGAAUGGACAGUGAGAUGGCGACACACACAUAAUAAACUCACUGCAUGCACACAGUCUAACAAACACACAAACCUGCAGUGCUCCGUAUCGACUUGUUUCAUCAAAUUUCUUGUAAAAAUGUGGUUUUGUGCUCGAGUCAACAAGUAUUUUCGUUAAAUUGUGCUUGCAUAUCCAUGCCUUCGCCCUUCCAUUUCAAUCAGCUUAUGUAUGAUUUACACACUAUAUGACUCACUGUAGCGGCCGUGUGCUGUAAGCCAAACAAUGUAUUUACGAAAUUCAAACGGAGAAAUGAUAAAUGACUGUAUUUAUGUUGUGCUACUUGUGCACUUUUCGCUUUCAUUCUCUCUCUCUCUCUCUUUCUCUCUCUCUCUCUCUUUCUUUCUCUAUCAAACUUUUUGCAAGAUUUGGAAAAUGAGCUGGCGUCUCUUCACGCAGCGCUUUCAAAUCAACCUCCCUGCACCUCCCUCUCCCUUCUCCAUCACAGACUACUUUGAAGCCCUUUAAUAUAUCUAAUUAGUUAAUGGAGCUUAUUGCAUUCAUAAAACCCUGAGGUAAGCAUUUCUAGCCCUCAGGCCUUUUUUUCUUCUUCUUUCUUUCUGCCUUCCCUUUUCUGCUCCCGGAGAAAUAUUAAGAGUGAAAGCACUCUAACAGGUCCUCGGGCCCCACUGGAACAGUGUACGGUGCCAAAGAACCAUCCAUGACUUUUCCUGAAUAAAAUAAAAAAUAAAAGCCCUCUUUUUUUAUUUUUCUCUUUGCUAAUUGGAGAGUGGAGAUAAAAUGAGGCUACAGGGAGUUUUAAUCUCCCUUCAGAUCCGCGUGGCGAUUCUUCUCAGGAUCCUGGUCGUCGGGCUUAAAGCCAGGAUCAUUAGAAAGUGUUCAAUAGUCCAGAGAGUGUCCGAGCAUCUCCCUGUUCUUCAUCCUGCUUUUUUUUUUGCUUUCCUUCCGUUGAUUUAAUGUUUCAUCAAGGCCCGUCAGUCGACUGUGGGAAAGGAUACGUUGGAGACCUGAGGGUCCGUUUUGAGAACGUACACAUUUAUCAGAUGCUCCAUGUGCUCCGAAAGAUAGUAUACGAUACAGUGGGACUACUGGGAUCAGCCAUAUUCAGUUGAGCAGGAGUUUAAGGUUGAACAGCAUUUCCUCUUCUUUUUUUAAGAACAACAUGACAGCAUUAUUGUAUUUAGUUGGGUGGUUCAGACAAACAUUUGAAGAUGUGAUUGUAAUCUGCAUGUUUGUAAACCGACCUUGAUGAAGUCAGUUUUAAUCAAAUGAAUCCAUUAAGUUAUUGUUCUUUGAUUUCUUGUUCAAAUAAUUGAUUUAUUUUUUAUUUUAUUUUUAAUGAUCAGAAAGAUUUUUCUGUGUGUAAAUCUGUUGGAUGCAGCACAGACGGGCUCAGAGAGGGAUGAACUUGAGCUGGUUUUAAUUCAUUGUGUCUAGUUUAGACGCUUUGAAGAGGUCACUCUUUACAAAGUGCAUCGCUGGCUUCUGCCACCUCAUUAAUGUAUUUACUCCUGUGCCUCCUUUGCCUCUAUGAAACAAAGACCUCAACUUCAUGAUUGUUUGACUUGCGCUGGAUUUCACUGUUGUGCACUGAAAGCAAAUUAAAUAUUGAACUCCAGAGAAACGUACACAAAACAGAGGCACACAUACUCAGUCCCGUAAUCAAAUAAUUCAAUAAGCAUAUUCCCAACAACCAUCAACAUUGGAGAAUGAAUACACUCCAUUCAGCAUUGGGUUUAUUGGUUGCUUUAAUUUCUUUUGUUUGUUCUCUAGUUGGGUUUGGAAGCCAACUUUGGGUCAAUUUUAAACAAUUAAAGAUUUGAUUUAUUCACUUCUUUAAUUUCAAGGAAAAUACCUCAUAUUUAAUACAUGAGCAACUAUCUUCAUUUCCCAGAGAGCAGGUUUCAUUUAAAAGUAUUAAUCUCUUAUUUAUAUAUUUCAUAGACAGACUGAAGAGUAUUGGAAGUUCGUAGAUGCUGUUUAUCGAAGAUAAAGUCUGGAUGGUAAAAUUGUCUCAUAGAAAACAAAUGACCUUAUCUAACCAAGGAAAUGAGGCUCAGUAUCUUUUUUUCAUCUCAACUAAAUUAGUUUUUUCACCUCAUGUCCUUUAAAUAUCCAUAACAGUUUCACUACAUAAUACAUUUUUGGUUGCUUUGCCACAGCAAUAAAUGAUUAUCAGCUGCUCAGAUAUUGCUCUUUUUUUCUGAGAAUUGUAAUAUAAUUUCCCUUGAAUAUAAAGUGAAUUGAAGUUGAGCUUUCAGACCCUUUAAAGCCUUGCACUUCGGCCUGCCUCAGAAAUAGAAUGUGGUAUUUUAGCUUGUUGAAUUUCAUGGUCUUGUAAUAAAAAGAAAAUAUAUUGUGGGGAAUGUGAAGGUAAUAAAAGUGGUAUUUUUCUACGAAAACA